AUGAGGCGGCGACACGUCAGCCGACGCGAGAUGCUGUUUGUGUCUGCGCUGCCCGUAGCGCUAGCGGCAGCGGGGCCGAUCGGCGCGGCCGUCGCAGCUGACGGCGACAAACCUGCGACCGUGGCGACAGCACCGCCGCCCGGUGACAUCCCUUUCGUUCAAGAGCUGCUGGAGAGGUCGCGGGCCAACAAGGCCAAGUACGACGAGGAGCGGCUGAACGACUACUACCGGCGCAACUUCAAGGACUACUUCGACUUUGUUGGGGGCACACUGCAGGUGAAGAGGGAGGACAAGCUGACGGACAACGAGAAGGACAUUCUCAAGUGGAUUGAGGCCAACAAGUGA